AGCACACCUGAACCUCCUAGCUUGUAGUUUACAAUCAGUAGAAUGAGGAAGAUGCAGUGACAAUUUAAUCAAGGUGCACUGUAGCUGCCCUUGCAUUAAGGAAAGCCUUAGUCUGCUCCAAAGUAAACCCCAUCAGAAAGCUACCGGUUUUAUAAUCUUGAAUGUGAAUCUAUGGCGCCCUCUACAGGGGAAUACUUGCAGUACAUUUAUGGAACUAGCAGUCCCAUCUACUUGCUGGUUUUUGCAAUCAGCACUGUUUUAUUUUUGUGUUUACUACUUGUCAUGUGCUCAUUUUUCAGAAGCUUGAAGAAAAACCAAGUUAAUAUUUCUGCCACAGAAAAAUCAAGGUCCAUGUCUGAUAUCAUAAAAAUGACUAAUCGUUUUUCAUUCAAAAAUAAUGAAGCAGAGAAUGGAGUAAUCACAAAAGGGGUCUUUUUAAACAAUGGAGCUGAAAAAGAAACCAAAAUGCAGAAUGAAGUUGAGACACCUAAUCCCACUAUAUUGGCUAAUGGUGCUGCUGGUAUGGAAAAAAUGUCAACUACCAAUCAGCAUAUAGAAGCAAAUAAUAAUGUAUCAAUUCAUAGAGAGCUUCCACUGCCACCAGAGAGUAACAUAAACACUGAAAUUGAAGAUCCUUUGUAUGAUAUAGUAAAUGCAUCUACCAACUCACCCAAGCAAGAGGGGGAAAAAAUAUCAAGAAAGUCACCUAAUGAAGUUCAGAAUAUAAUAAGUAAAAACAAAGAAAAUGAAAACUUAAUCAAUGAAGAUACAACUAAUCACAACAAUACCAGCUGCACCAUAUUGGUUAAUGAUGCAGCUGGUACAGAGAAAAUGUCAUCAAUAGAGUGUCGUGCUAAUAUCAUAACCAUUGAAGAACCUUUGUAUGAUACAGUAAAUGAACCUACUAACCCACCCAAGCUCAAGGAAAAAACAAUAUUAAUAGAAACACCUAAUGAAGUUCAGAACAUAAGUGAAAACAAAGAAAUUGAAAACAUAAUAAAUGGAGAUGUGACAACCAAUCAAAAAAAUGUCAGUUCUCCUAUUUACUCUGUUGUAUACAGAACAAAAACAAAAAAACAAAACUCUCCCAUUGAACAAAAUAAUAUUAAUAGUCACGGAGAAAAUAGCAAUUCUGAGUUGUUGCAUAUGGGUGGAACAGCUCCCCAUACAGAGGAAGAAAAUCAAAGUAACAGAAGUUCAAUGAAUGUGUCUGAGAAAACCUUGACUCAAGCCCAGGACACUUUAACAAGUAACACAGAAACUCUAACGACAAUGUAUAACAGAGCCAAGCAGAGGAAACGGAAUUCUAUUAAUUCACAAAAAAAAUCUGCCACAACAGAUGUAAUAAUAAGUGAAAUCGAAGACCCCCCACCAAUUCCAGAAAAACAGUUUGAUGUAGAGUGCGAGUUGCAAGCACCUGAGAUCAAGAUUUAUGAAGAAGUGAAUACUUCGGAACCACAAUGAAAGACAGGAUAAGCACUUACUCCUUGAUAAAGUGGCGCUCAAGCCGGCAAUGUUUACUUGAGAGAGAUCGCUAUCAACCAUUCUUUGUCAAUGGACAACAACCAUGAGUUUCCAGAAUACACAUCAUGGAUGUUAAAAAGCCUGGUCUUAUAACUCAUAUAUUGGUUGGACUAAAACAGAUGGUGUAGACGUCCUUGCCACCUUAAUGGACUGAAUUGUAAGCUAUAUUUUAAUUGCAGAAUUUGUCUGUCAAAGGACAAGAUGUCUCAUGACAUAUACGUUAUGAGUGAUGAAUAACCGUCCCUGGAUGAUAUAUCUUUAUAGAAAAGACAGUGUAAAGAUGUUGUUUUAUAAAGAAUACAACCUGACUGAUUAGUUGUUUUUUUUUUGGGGGGGGGGGGGGGUUUCACACAGUCUGGAAACAGAUAGUUUUUUCUUAUAUGGGGUAGUAUGCUUUAAGGGACCCAAUAUGAUUCAGAAAGAGAAUACUAUUUUAAACAACAUUCCAAUUUACUUCUAUUAUUUAAUUUGCAUUCUUCUUCUUAUAUCCUUUGUUGUAAAAAUAGCAAUGUACAUGAGUGAGCCUAUCACACGAGGCAUCUAUAUGCAGCCUCCAAUCAGCAGCUACUGAGCCUAUUUAGAUAUGCUUUUCAACAAAGUAUAUUGAGAUUGAGGCAAAUUAGAUAAUAAAGGAAAUAUAAACAAUGAGGAGUAACCAGAGGAUUCCAAAAGUCUCAUUAAUUCAAAGCGAAGCAAGACAAAGUCUGGAAUUUGUAGAGAGUCCUAGUUUCAGUGCAGUGCUAGUUAGUCCAGGACUGGAGUAAAAUAUCAAUCAAAAGUGUCCUUAAGCCUUGCCCCCAUACCUCCGCUUCUGCCUAUAUGUAUAUAGCACUUGGAGAUAGACAGUGUAGUCUGGAGCCGUUCAGGUGAGUAAACCUCCACGGUGCCGAAUCCGUCUGCUCAAAUGUGCUGGUAUCCUAAGUGUCACAUGGACCCCUGUCCUGGAUCAGCUCCAAAUGAGUGAUAAGACCCCUCUGAAGCCGAUCCAGUCUGUGGUACCGUGGUUUGGCGUCCCGAUCCUCGGUGGGCGUGUUCCCAGUUGGGUAGCUUCCUGGUCCGUCACCAGUGAAGCUGUAGACGAUAGGCUAUUGGGAGGAGGAAGGGAAGAGGGCACCUCAAGUAGAGGAAAAGUUAUAUUUAGCGUAAUAUAAACAGUAUUUCCAACCAUGAUGGAAUGCAAACAAGUAACAGCCUCUGAUGUAACCCCAGUUACACAAGAUUCUGUGAUCCAACGUGACUCCUUUCGUUACUUGUUUGCAAAUUAGAUUACAGACAUAAAUUUAUUAUUAUCAUUUAUUUGUAUAGCGCCACCAAAUUCUGUAGCCCUGGAUUUAAAAGUUGUUUAAAAUUGCAUACUUUUUCUAAAUCAAGAAAUUUAAAAAUUUGGUGUUAAUUUCCCUUUAAAGGGACACUGAACCCAAAUUUUUUCUUUCAUGAUUCAGAUAGAGCAUGUAAUUGUAAGCAACUUUCUAAUUUACUUCUAUUAUCAAUUUUUCUUCAUUCUCUUGCUAUCUUUAUUUGAAAAGAAGGCAUCUCAGCUAAGGAGCCAGUACAUUUUGGGAUCAGAAACAUGGACAGCACUUGUUAGGACAACCCAGGUUGUUCACCUAAAAUGGGCUGGCAUCUAAACUUACAUUCCUGCUUUUCAAAUAAACAUACCAAGAAAAUGAAGACAAUUUGAUAAUAGGAGUAAAUUAGAAUUGCAUGAUCUAUCUGAAUCAGAAAAUAUUUUUUUUGGCUUCACUGUUCCUUUAAGCAAAUAUAAACUCAAGCUAUCAACAGAACAUUAUUUGGCAAUUAAGUUUGGGCAUAAAUAUAAUAACCCCUGAAUAAUAAGCACACACUCUAUCCUUAAAACAACAACAACAUGCAUAUGUAUUUUCUUUAUUUAUUUUUUAAUAUUCCAGAAUUUACUGUACAUAAAACUCUAAUGUGGUAAUUACAUAUGUUGGUAGGGAAAUUUCCAUUCUGUUUGAUAAAAAGUGCAAAUGUAUUAAAUAUUAAUAUAUUUUUCUUAUCAAAGCAACUAUUUUCAAGGCAUUGCGUGUUAUCUAUUUUUUUUAUAGAAAUUUAAAUAAGAACAAAUUGACACACUUGCUGUUUUAUUUUUGUAAAUAAAGAUGUGUUCUUUAAUGUACCUACUAUUAACACUGCUAAUACAGUUCACAAGGAUAUAAUAUUUAGUGAGAAAUUCUGCAAAAUCUUGGGUUUACUUUUUUGAGUGUUAUAUUGUAAUGUAAGGUGUCUCCUUCACACCCAGAACACUGCAUAGGUAGAGAAAAAGGUCUCAAGUGAAAAAUGUUAUAUUUUAAUAUAAUAUCAGCACAUUUGUUACCUGCACAAAAACGCAAGUGGCAUUAUGCUUGGUCUCUAGUAGACUAUUGCUGUUUUUCAGAGGUGACAAUACAGCACUAUCCUGAUAUAAUGGCUAUUGUGCCUAGUCAGACUCUACUGAAAUAAAAUAAAAAUAAAAACACUUGGUAGAAAACCUAACAUAAGUAAUGAUGUAUAUAAAAUCUAGAUACAAAAGGCUAUUUCAUCACUACCUUCCAAUCCUCUCUGAGCCCAAGUGUGAACUAGUUAAUAAAGCUCUUUAGCCAAAAUGUAUAAUUGUAUUUUUAUUUUUAUUCAGCGCUAUAUUAUUAUAUUUUAAAUGUUAUUGUUUGUGAUAGUUUAUCUGUAACACAAAUUAUUUAAUUAAAAGGAAGCUUUCACCAAAUUAUAA